AUGCUCAAAUCUCCAGAUCCAAUAACAACAACAACAACAAAAUCAAAUUCAUCUCCUUCAGAUUCCGGCCAAAUAAUCCCCCCACAAAAAGGCCAAACAACAUCAUCAUUAUCAUCAUCAGUCGUCACCACAACAGACGUCUUUAACUCUUUAAACGUCUUGCGAUCUAUCCAGUCUAAAUCUCAGGCAGCUGCCAUGAGAGCUGCCAUUUCUCGUGAUAGAUCUCUUUCUUCGUCUUCUUCUUCAUCAUCAUCUUCUUCAUCAUCAUCUUCAUCAUCAGCAUCAUCUUUAUCCCCACAAAAUCCAAUCUCUAAUCAAUCACUACAAAACACUUCUUCUUCUUCUUCUUCUUCUUCUUCUUCUUCAUCUUCUUCAACAUCCAUGUCGUCAAGUUCCCCCCAAUCUUCUAUUUCAGCCCUUUCUCCAAUGUCUUCUUCUUCAUCAUCAUCAACAUCUACCGCUACUACUACUACUACUACUACUACUAAUACUACUACAUCCUCUUUAAACCAACAAAACCCUCCAUCUUCAUCCUCCCUACAAGACAUUUUAGUAGCAGGUGUCCGCCUAGAUGAAUACCACCCAACACUUAACACUGGUCUUUCUGAUAUUCGUAUCCAAACAGUCAUUCUUGAAAAUCCCAUUGUAAGAGCCCUGAUUGUCCCUGAAUGUGACAUGGAAGCCCGUCGCAGAUGUAUGGCUUUGCUUUCUAAAAUCCUUUUAGCUGCUGCCCCAGUUCUCCAUGCAAUUUCAUCUUUUGGAUCCUCAGAUUCUUCUUCUACUUCUUCUUUGGACAAAGAUUCAAACUCUUCUAACAAUCCACCUCCUCCUUCACCAGGCCCUGAUGCCUAUCAUUCACAAACAAAAUCCAAAGUCGAGCAGUACAACAUUGUCAUUUCUAUGAUUGCUAAAACAAACCCUGCAAAUGAUCUCGUUCUCUUUUGGCUUGCCCAUUUCCUUCAAAACCUUGAACGUGAAAUCUCAGCUCUUUGUCCAAACCUUCCUCUUCUUCCUAAACCAAUCUUACACCCACGUCAACAACAUUCUUCUACUGACUCAUCCAUAUCCCCUCCAUCCGAUUCCUCCUCAUCCCAUGCAUCUCCCAACACACUAAAAAGUCACCCCGCAUCAGACCCCCUCGCAGUAUCGGAAUCUCUCGCUCAUAUGCCUACUGCUGCUCUUUAUGCAAAACUCCUCCGUGCUAAAAACAUCAUUCAAGAUCUAGCGGACCGUAUCCAAGGCGCAGUUUGCAUGGUUUUCUGGGAAUCUUGGGAUGAUGCUUAUGAACUUGUUGCCGAGGUCGUUGGAGCUGAAAUUAUCGCCCAAACAGAACGCGGCCGCAUCUUUCGUCCCUCUGGGAAUGCUGCUCUUUAUAUUAAUAGGAAAAAGCUUCAACUUAGAGAACAAGAACGUCGUAAACAACGUCUUCACAUUGCUGAAAAACGAAAACUUCAACUGGCUGCUGCUGCUGCUGCUGCUGCCGCUGCCGCUGCCGCUGCUGUUUCUAUCCCUGCAAAUGUCAAGCAAAUGUCGCGUGCUGCUACAUUGGCUCGCAACAACUCUGAAGUCCUUAUUCCAUUAAAACCCCCCGCUUCCUCCUCCACAAGUACUGGUCAAAGUACCCAAAUCACCACUACCAAAUCUCUCGGUACCUCCACAAAUACAUGUAAGGCUGUCAACAACAACAACCCUGACGACAUUUCUUCCAUUACCACCGCUCCAACCGGUUCUGAGGCAACCCAACAUCACCAUCCGGGUGGGGGCCCGUUUUCCCCCCUACUGUCCCCCCCAGAUACUGCCUACUUUGAGCCCCUCACAAAGUUCCGUCUUAACAUGCAUGACAAUCCCCACCUGUGUCAGAUCCCCAUCAAGUCACCAGAUGACUCUGCCGAUCUUGAAAGUGCAAUUUCCUCAACAUCUUCAACUGUCCCAACACCAGAAAAUGAUGACUAUCUUCCAAGUCCUUCUGCUCCUCCUCUACGCUUAAAUAAAAAACAACAACAACCUAAACAACCUAAGCAACCCAAGCAACCCAAGCAACCAAAACAAUCAAAACAGAAACAAACUUCUGCAUCUCCUAUAGAGGCCGAAACGGACGAUAUCAUCAUUCUGGGUGAAGCUACUGCUGCCAAAUCCACUACUACUACACUGAAAAAGACUACAAAGAAAUCUACAAAGUCUUCCUCUUCUCCUAAAAAGAAAUCUUCUCGUAAAACUGCCUCUCCUCCUUCUACUCAAGAAACUGCUCCUGAAAAAUCAUGGCCUUUUAAACUCUCGGCUGCACCAGCUGACCCAGUUGCAUCCUCUUCAAAAGGUGCUACCCCUCUUUCAAACACCUCAUCUGCAUCAUCAAAUCUUUUCCCUCACAUUCCACCUCUCAUUGACAGUUCCGAGCUGGAUGACCUCAUUAAUGGCAUCCACAUGCCGGAUUUCAGCAACCACUUUGGAACUUCCACCAAUAUUGGCGAGUUGCAACUAGAAAUGCACGAGCGCCAUACUCAGGCAUCAGACUUUGAAAGUGUGCUGGAAGACUUGCGUCAACCCACAGCCCCCAUGCACUCUGCAGGCAAAGCUUUCAUGUCUUCGGCUCUCGAUAAACCUUCCCAUAAAUCAAGUAAUAAUGUUCCUCCACCGCCACAGGCUGGACCUUCAAAGCGCGGAUUUUUCCAGUUGGACAACUCGUCCUUGUCACAACUUGGCCAUCACACUUCAGACGAAUUCUCCUAUCUCCGCAAACGUAUCCGUUUGCUAGAAGAAAUGGAAGACCAAGAAAAUAGUAUGAGUCCAAUGCCUGAAAACAAAUCAGUUUCUCCCAUUGCUUCUUCUUCUAAUAACUCGGCUGCUCCUUCAAAUAAUGGAGCAACCAGACGGACUUCCAGCUCAAGCAGUUCUGGUGCUCCAACCCCAGGCCGCCGUGAAAGCUCCUUUUCAGGGACCGCAGGGAAAAUCAUUUGGGACCAACUGCGAGUCUCAACACCAGUGACUUCCACUACUACAGUCAAAGUGCCCAUGCGUAUGCGUGGACCUGACCAUACUUCAGGCGAUCAUUUUGCCUCUCCCCCAAAUGGCAUACCUUUGUUUAAGACUUCUUCUGCUCAAAACUUGACCAAUUGUAUUAACCCAAGCAAAGACGAUCUUGCAGACACUGACAAUCCUUUGGAAUUCGGAAAUAGCAUUGUUUGGUAA